AUGGGCUGGAGCCCAUUCUGCCAUGCCUAUUGUCUGAAUUCAGCGCAGCCUGCCCCUGGUCAUCUUCCUGGGGGCUCGGAAGUUGCCCCGGACCUUUCCGCCAUUCCCAUGGAGUACCAGGCCCUCCGGGAGGUGUUCAUUAAGGCCCGGGCUACUUCGCUUCUGCCGCACCGACCCUAUGACUGCGAGAUUGACCUUCUCCCAUGGACCACUCCGACCCGGGGACGACUGUGCUUUCUGUCAGGUCUAGAGACCAAGGCUAUGAAGACCUACAUUGAGGACUCCCUAUCUGCAGGGUUCAACGGUCCUUCUGCCUCCCCCGCCGGUGCAGGGUUCUUCUUUGUGGAGAAGAAGUACAAAACCCUGAGCCUGUGUAUUGACUACCGGUGUCUCAACGAUAUCACGGUGAAGAAUCGCUGCCCGCAACCAGUCAUCUCCUCGGCCUUCGAGCCGCUCCAGGAGGUGACCAUGUUCUCCAAGUUGGACCUAGGGAACGCCUACCACCUGGUGCGGAUACGGGAAGGGGAGGAGUGGAAGACUGCCUUUAACACAGCCAGCAGUCACUACGAGUAUAUGGUUCUCCAACGCCUCCUGGAGAACCAGAUUUUUGUCAAAGCAGAGAUGUGUGAAUUUCAUCACUCCACCAUCCCCUUUCUGGGUUACAUCAUUGCCACUGGGAGUAUACAGAAUGAUCCCGGGAAGUCAUCAAAAACAACUGGUGAACCCACUACAACCAUCACUGGUGUGACAUCAACAACUGGUGAACCCACUACAACCAUCACUGGUGUGACAACAACUGGUGAACCCACUACAACAGUCACUGCUGUGUUGACAACAACUGGUGAACCCACUACAUCCGUUACAGUUUCAUCAACAACAACUGAUGAACCCACUACAACAGUCACUGCUGUGUUGACAACAACUGGUGAACCCACUACAACUAUCAUUGAGUCUUCAUCAACAACUGGUGAAUCAACUACAACCAUCACUGGUGUGUCAACAACAACUGGUGAACCCACUACGACAAUCACUGGUGUUUCUACAACAACUAAUGAACCUUCUACAACCAUCACUGGUGUGUCAACAACAACUGGUGAACCCACUACAACUAUCAUUGGUGUGUCAUCAACAACUGGUGAACCCACUACGACAAUAACUGGUGUGUCAACAACAACUGGUGAACCCACUACAACCACCAUUGAUGCAUCAAAAACAACUGGUGAACCCACUACAACCAUCACUGGUGUGUCAACAACAACUGGUGAACCCACUACAACCACCAUUGAUGCAUCAAAAACAACUGGUGAACCCACAACAAAAGUCACUGCUGUGUCGACAACAACUGGUGAAACAACUACAACUAUAACUGAGUCAUCAUCAACAACUGGUGAACCCACUACAACCAUCACUGGUGUGACAUCAACAACUGGUGAACCCACUACAACUAUAACUGAGUCAUCAUCAACAACUGGUGAACCCACUACGACCAUCACUGGUGGGACAACAACUGGUGAACCCACUACAUCCGUUACAGUUUCAUCAACAACAACUGAUGAACCCACUACAACCAUCACUGGUGUGUCAAAAACAACUGGUGAACCCACAACAAAAGUCACUACUGUGUCGACAACAACUGGUGAAACAACUACAACCGUGAAUGGUGCAUCGACAACAACUGUUGAACCCACUACGACUGUCACUGAGUCAACAAAAACAACUGGUGAACCCACUACAACAGUCACUGUUGUGUCAACAACUGUUACUGGGGCAUCGACAACAACCGGUGAACCCACUACAACCAUCACUGUUUCAUCAACAACUGGUGAACCCACUACUUCCAUCACUGGUGUGUCGACGACAACUGGUGAACCCACUACAACUGUUACUGGGGCAUCGACAACAACUGGUGAACCCACUACAACCGUCACUGAUUCAUCAACAACAACUGGUGAACCCACUACAACCGUCACUGAUUCAUCAACAACAACUGGUGAACCCACUACAACCAUCACUGAGUCAACAAAAACAACUGUUCAACCCACAUCAACAGUCACUGCUGUGUCGACAACAACUGGUGAACCCACUACGACAAUCACUGGUGUUUCUACAACAACUAAUGACCCUUCUACAACCAUCACUGGUGUGUCAACAACAACUGGUGAAUCCACUACAACUGUUACUGGUUCAUCGUCAACAACUGGUGAACCAACUACGACCGUAACUGGUGUGUCAACAUCAACGGUUACAGCUGUUCCCAUUACAACCGUAACUGGUGCAUUGACAACAACAAUUACAGCUGCACCCACUACAACCGUAAGUGUUGCAUUGACAAAAACAGAAGAACUCACUUCAACCGUCCCUGGUGUGUCGACAACAACUUUUGAACCCUCUUCAGUCAUCACUGGUGUGUCGACAACAACUUUUGAACCCUCUUCAGUCAUCACUGGUGUGUCGACAACAACUUUUGAACCCUCUUCAGUCAUCACUGGUGUGUCGACAACGACUGUUACAGCUUUACCCACAACAACCGUCACUAGUGCAUCAAAUGCCACCACAACGACAACGGCUACUCCUGUCAUCACUACCGCCAUCGUCACAGCCACGACAACUGCAACUACCGCUAUUGCAAUCACUAGGGUUCCUGUGGUGUUCAGGUCCAGAGGAGAGACAUUUACCUCUGAUCUAUCAAAUCCAUCUUCUCAGGCCUUUCAAACCCGAGCAUUGCUGAUUAAAACUCAGCUUGAACCUUUCUAUCGAUCAGCUUUCACCUCGUUCAACAGUUUGGAUGUGACAGAAUUCAGGUGAUUUAUUUGCAUUACAUGUUGUGUGUUGAUUUAAAUUGAUGUCACUUUCUAUCUAACAUGUUAUCUCUCAUUUGUUCCCAGCUCUGGAUCCAUCAUCAAUACUGUAAAUGUAGCAUUCAGCUCCCCCUCGGUCCCUAAUAUCACAGAGAUUGGCACUGUUUUGAUAAAUGCUGCUCAAAACAUCACAGUUUUCAAUAUUGACCUCAACUCAGUGACGGUCAACAGCACAGGUAAACACAUGUAUUAAUUCAAUUCCAUUUUAUUAUGUGGUAAGUUUUUUUUAUUUUUAAUUGGAGCAUCACAAAUCUAUUUGGAACAGUAAUUGAUUAAGCGAUUUAUUUCAAACAUUAAGUUUAAAAUAAAAUAAAAGAAUACAAAU